AUGCCCCCCAAACAGCCACCACCAAGAAAGCAGACAGUAAGACUUUCAGGGCAAAGCCUUCGACCCACCAGUCCAGUAAAGGGACGGCACAAGCUCCGAAACGUGCUGACAAUCCCCAUGGGCCGUAACGCUCGUGCAAAUCGUCUUGCUCAAAAGAUGAAUUCCCUGCUUGACCCAGAGCCACCAGAAUCGGUGGCACAGGCCUCUGAACUCGGGAAAGAGCAAAAUACAAUGCUUAAAGAUCAAAUGGAAGUGGAUGAAACCAAUAUGACGGGCGAAGAUGUGUGGGAAGACAUGGCGUCAGAUGCAGGGGCUGCCGCGGGGCCCGCCGCGGGGUCUGCUGCGGGGCCCGCCGCGGGGUCUGCCGCGGGGUUGGGUGUGGGGGCUGGACUGCCGCCAUACAUUCCAGAGAUUCUUGCAAGGCCCCAUGGUCUUCAAAGGAAACCACGUGCUACACAAGCCUCUUCUGUCUGGAUCCAUCUCAUUCCUGACCUUGCCCUCUCUCUCCUGGCAUUUCGGAAAUCAUCUUUUGCAUGCCCACCCACAUCUCUUGCUGCAACCAUCUAUCAAAACUGUGACAACCCUUCCUGUACCCAAAAUAAAAUUCGGGUUCUAUGUCUCCACAUUGCACGUAUGUUUCGAAUUUCUUCUUGCCAGAUCUUGUCUGACAAAUUACCAGAUUUUCAACAUAUCGAUGUGCAAGCAUGUUCUUGUGUUUCACCUGCCACUGUCCUACUGGAACAUGGUGCUCUCGCCACCUCACCUAGCAAGCCACAGAUUGCUGUUGCAGUGAAUACAUUGGAAAUAUACCAAGCGUUAUUUGAACGCUCCUGCAUUGCGAUUCAAGCAUUCACCAAUGCCCUGACAACCCUCUAUAACACCAGAGGAUUUGAGCUCAUGUCCAAGACCUUUGAUGGCGAACAUGCUACUGAUCCUCUACGACAAGCCCUCUCCCAGGCUGUGCAUGUGUACAGCAGCAUCCAGCGGCAUAUCCGAAAAAUGGUCAAUGAUGCCUUGGCCAUGGAAUAUAGUCAAAUCAACACCAGAUUAUCUUCCACGGAUUCCAUAGCUUCCAUCUACAAAAGUUCCCCCGAACAUGCGGAGUCAUCUCCAUCAGUCUCGAUGACAGGACCUUGCCAGGCGUCCAUGUCAGAUGCACCCCCCGCUGCACCCCCUGCUGGGCAUCCCGUGGCACCCCCCGCCGCACCCCCCGCCGCACCCCCCGCUGCACCCCCGCCGCAACCCCCGCCUCGUUCAUCCCUGCCAACCGCACCAUUGAAUCUGAUGACCAGUUUUCACUGA